GUCAGAUACCCUACAAGGAGUCAAACAGGGCAAGAGGUGUUAUUCCUUCCUCAGAUAUCAACUAAAACAAAAGCUCUUAAAAACCAGCGCAACGCUUGUUCAAGGGUUUCUGUUUUAUUUUUAUUUGAGCUUCGGCUCUUCUGUAUUUUAGAUUUUUUGAAAACUGCUCACAGUAGAAGAAUCUUUGGCUGCAGCAACUUCUUGGAUUAAAAAAAAACUUAUUUUGUUUUUAAAAAUGGCACUUCGACAAACCUCAGAAAAGGAGCCAAACAUCGAGUUGUUCAUCAAGGCUGGACACGACGGCGAAAACAUUGGGAACUGCCCRUUCUGCCAAAGACUCUUCAUGGUGCUGUGGUUGAAAGGAGUCAAGUUUACUGUGACCACCGUUGAUAUGAGGAAGAAGCCGGCUGAGCUCAAAGACUUGGCCCCCGGGACUAACCCUCCUUUCCUCCUCUACAACGGAACCCUGAAAACAGACUUCAUCAAGAUCGAGGAGUUUCUUGAACAAACGCUGGCCCCUCCCAGGUAUCCUCAUCUCAGUCCUAUAAACAAAGAGUCCUUUGACGUGGGCGCUGACAUUUUUGCAAAGUUCUCGGCUUUCAUCAAAAACAGCCCAAACAACGCUGUGCAGGAGAAGAACCUGCUGCGUGAGUUCAAACGUUUGGACGAGUACCUGAACGCCCCGCUCCCCGAGGAGAUCGACCACAACUCUACAGAGAACGUCACCACGUCCAAGAGGAAGUUCCUGGACGGAGACGGCCUCACCUUGGCUGACUGCAACCUGCUGCCCAAACUGCACGUCAUCAGGGUCGCUGCCAAGAAGUACUGUGAUUUCGACAUUCCCGCUCACUUCACAGGCGUGUGGAGAUACCUUCAAAACGCCUACGAACGGGAAGAGUUCAAGCAGACGUGCCCGGCCGACAUCGAGAUCGAGAAAGCUUACUUUGGCGUUGCCAAGAGCAAAUAAGAUGUUAAUCAUCUCUUGUUUAAACCAUGAAUAUAGAGAUAAUGAUCCAAGAAGGUCGCCACGAAAACAAGAGUAACAAACCUGACACCUUUAAAAUAUUUAAGAUGCUAUAACAACAUAUUGGUUUUAUGUACUGACUUUUUAUCUAUAAUCACUGAUAGAUUAAACAAAAGAAGGCCAAAAGUGCAAUUGACUGUUAAUUAUAUUAUCAGAAUUAUUGUUUAUAGUGUAAAUAUAGCUAUUUUUCAUGCUUUUUACAAUCAAAGCACCUGCAGAGGUGUUAGUAGGAGCAAUAUUUGGACAAACAGUUAAUUUUAAGCGAUUUCUGUUUUAUCUUUUUACUGAAUGACGCUGUCUCACCAGCAUGCUAUUAAAAAGUUUCACUACUU